ACUGCUCCGUCCAUCAACAGUCCUCCCUUCCUCAACCCCGAUCCCCUUUCUCUCUCAACUCGCACCGACCCGAUUCCGCGUUACCUUCCCUCCCCGACCAGCUUCCCCUAGCAAACACGAUUCGCAAUGACUGACGACUCGUCGGACCGUAGGAAGCGGAGCAAGUGGGAUGAGCCUCAAAGAAGCACUACCCAUGGCAGCCAAGAUCGUGUUAGGGAUUACAGAGAACGGGAGUCCGAAAGAGGGAAGUCAGCUAACAGUCGUGGCGCUUCCCGUUGGGAUGACCGUCGCUCUCGCUCUCCCAAUCACCAUAACCUGUUCUCUUCCCGUCGAGAUGAUCGCCGGAGAAGCAGAAGCCCUCCGUCUAUAAGCAGAUCGACCGAGAGCCCUCCCGUUGAACCAGCAAAAGAGUCAAAGCCCGACCCAGCAGCCGCAGCAGGUAAACCCCAUUGCUUACUCCACAUUACCUGACUCUUUCCUAACUCUACGAUAUAACAUCGAGUAGCUGCUGCAGCCGCCCGUAUUAACGCUCAGAUUCAAGCGAAACGUGGUAUACAGCACGUAGACGUGCCGCCUAUCCGUUCUGUGAGGAAACCCCAUUCAUGGUUAGGGUAUGCAUUUGCUAAUUUGAAUAGAGCGCGGGAAAAUCUUCCAGCCCCCCAAGCACAACAGCAUUCAAUAGUGACAUGUAUAUUGCAGACGGUGACUACAUCAAAGAUAUAGAAGUUAACGACCUUCGCAACCGAUACACACUGACCAAAGGCGCUACUCAGAAAAUGGUAAACAUCGAUCCCUUCCCCGGCUAUGAGCUUUAUUGACUACUCUCUUCCCUUUGUAUUUUACAUGUGCACGGGCGAGCCUUUAUACUUAUGCGCAGCUGAAGUUCUAAGGAGGAGCCAUUCAAGCUGAAAUAUGAUGUGCAAAUAGUUUUGCAUAACCCUUUGGUGUCUUGCCGCUGACUGUCACCCGUGCUUGUUUAGAUUAAAGAGGAAACUGGCGCCGGUACGACCCACUUGCCCUCAUAUAUGAUCCCAUGUUUUUGCUUUAGUGUAUAGAGUACUCACGCAUUCUGCGCUUAAAGAUGUUACCACCCGCGGCGCCUAUUAUCCCGACAAGUCUAUGGCCACUCCUCAGGUACGAACAUAUGCCCCCAUUACUUGCAGCGAUCCUUGUCUGAGACAAGCAAUAGAAUCCACCACUUUACCUACAUAUCACUAGCACAACCAAGGAGGGGUUGGAGAAAGCUGUGUUGAAGAUUGAGGAGCUCAUGAAGCAGGAUCUUCCCAAUCUUGUAGAUGAACGCCGAUUCAAGAGGAGAGAGCCACCAGAGCCUGUUGAGCGGGACGAGUAUGGGAGGGUGAGCUUUGUAGUGCCCGUUUGGAGAACCCAACUGACAUCCCUACCAGCGCAAAUGGCCUGAAGAAAAGAUUCCUGUCGAUCUUGAGCCUAUUCCAGGCUUUAAUCUUCGAGCAGCAGUUGUCGGACAUGGUGGCCAGUAUGUUAAACAUAUUCAGCAGGAGACACGUUGUAGGGUACAGAUCAAAGGCCGCGGGUCUGGCUUUAUGGAACACGGCCUUGGUCAUGAGAGCGACGAGCCGCUCUAUCUCCACGUGACGUACGAACUCCCAUCCAAGCUAGGCGACGCUACACUAACUAACGCUGCGCAGUGGGCCUGAUCCACGCGAAGUCCAGAGGGCAAAGGAGCUCUGUGAUGAUCUUCUAACCUCAGUCAAAUCGCAGUACGAAGAUCAUAAGAAGCAACCCCAACCUAUUCGUUUCCCCAGUUAUGGGGGAGGUAGCAAUGCCAAUCUCUAUACUCCGUCCAUGUCAGGACAAGGCCAACCUCAAGGACAGAACCAAGGUCACAACCCCCAUAGCCUAAACCAUAGCCAUGGACAAUCUGCCUCUCCACCUCCUCCUCCACCCUCUGGGCCUCCGCCCCAACAGGCAGCAGUAGCGUCAUCCGUGGCGCCUGGCGCUCCCGGUGCAUCCCAACUCAAUCCAUAUGCCGCAUAUUAUGGAGGAGCAGACCCUUAUGCUCCCUAUGGCGGAUACCAGGCAUACAUGCAAUACUGUAAGCGCUCGUCCGGUGGCUUUUUUUUUCCGGACGACUGCUGACACAUUGAUUAGACCAAGCGUAUUACGGCCAACAACAACAGUCCCAGGCCCCUGGCGCAUUGCCAUACUCGUCCAUGCCCGCUAGUAGUCCUCCGCCACCUCCUCCCCCUGUGGGUAAUCCCCCACCCCCACCCCCACCUCCCCCAUCCUACAAUGCCGUGAGGCCACCGGGGGUGUGA